AGUGAAGAGAAUGUCAGGGGCGAGGACGUGGUCGUCUUCUUCGUUAUCGGAUACGACGCCUCUGCUCCCGCUCCAGGCCGAUCGGGCCUCCACCGCCACCCUCGAGAUGGCCGCCGCCGCCCCCGCCCCCGCCGCCUCCCGUACCGUCUACCUCGGCGUCGACGUCGGCACCGGCAGCGCCCGGGCAGGUCUCUUCGAUGAUCAGGGUAGGCUGCUAGGCUCAGCCAGUAGCCCCAUACAGAUAUGGAAGGAACGAGGUUGUAUUGAGCAAUCCUCAACAGAUAUCUGGCAUGCGGUAUGUGCAGCUGUGAAAACAGCAUGCUCAUUGGCAAAUGCCGUUGCUGAGGAAGUGGUUGGUAUAGGAUUUGCAGCUACUUGCUCCCUUGUUGCCGUCGAUUCUGAUGGAUCUCCUGUUUCAGUUUCAUGGAGUGGUGAUGCAAGAAGAAAUAUCAUAGUAUGGAUGGACCACAGGGCUGUAAAUCAGGCUGAGCACAUUAAUUUUCGCAACUCGCCAGUACUACAAUAUUGUGGUGGGUCUGUCUCCCCUGAAAUGCAAGCCCCUAAGCUACUAUGGGUAAAAGAAAACCUGCAAGAAUCUUGGUCCAUGGUGUUUAGGUGGAUGGAUUUAAGUGACUGGUUAUCAUACAGAGCAACAGGGGAUGAUACUCGGAGUUUAUGUACAACUGUCUGCAAGUGGACAUACCUUGGACAUGCACACAUGGAACUAGCUAGUGAGAAAGAGUCUCAUAUUAUGGAAUCUUGUGGAUGGGAUGAUGACUUUUGGGAGGAGAUUGGCUUAGGAGAUCUUGUGGAAGGGAAUCAUGCAAAAAUUGGACGGAGUGUUGCUUUUCCUGGUCAUCCUUUGGGUUCUGGUCUGACACAUGCUGCUGCAAAGGAGCUAGGCCUAUUAGCUGGAACACCUGUUGGAACUUCACUUAUUGAUGCCCAUGCUGGUGGUGUUGGGGUUAUGGAAAGCAUGCCUAUAUCAGAGUCCAGAGCUGAUGUGUCUGCUGAGGAAGUCAUAUGCCAUCGCAUGGCUUUAGUAUGUGGAACAUCUACUUGCCAUAUGUCUGUCUCACGGAACAAACUGUUUAUACCAGGUGUAUGGGGACCAUUCUGGUCGGCCAUGGUGCCUGAAUACUGGCUCACUGAAGGUGGUCAAAGUGCAACUGGUGCCCUUCUAGAUUACAUGGUUGAGAACCAUGUUGCUGCUCCUCUCCUUGCCAACCGUGCUGCUUCGCAAAGUAUUUCUCUAUAUGAGUUGUUGAACAAGAUAUUGGCAUCCAUGAUGCAUGAAAGCAAUAUUUCAUUUCUUUCUGCCUUGACUAAAGACAUGCAUGUCCUUCCUGACUUUCAUGGAAAUAGGUCACCAAUUGCUGAUCCAAACUCCAAAGGAAUGGUUUGUGGUUUAACUCUUGAUGCAAGUGAGAAACAAUUGGCACUUCUAUACCUUGCAACAGUUCAGGGCAUUGCGUAUGGUACCCGCCACAUAGUGGAGCACUGCAAUUCUCAUGGGCAUAAGAUUGACACACUUCUUGCGUGUGGUGGACUUGCCAAGAACCCAUUGUAUAUUCAAGAGCAUGCAGACAUUGUAGGACUUCCUAUCAUUCUUCCAAGAGAAAAUGAGCCCGUGCUUUUAGGUGCUGCCAUUUUAGGUGCUGUUGCAGCCAAGAAAUACUCAAGCCUUCAUGAUGCUAUGAGAGCAUUAAAUGCAGCCGGUCAGGUUAUUCGUCCAUCUAAAGACCCAAGGGUGAAGAAGUAUCAUGAUGCUAAAUAUCAGGUUUUCAGGUCACUUUACGAGCAGCAGCUUUCUUAUCGUUCAAUCAUGACGCAAGCAUUGCAGUAGAGAUGCAUGGUAGCGCCUUGGUUGUAGCCUUGGCUUUCAUGGCAUUGUAGUACAGAAAUGUCACCCGCACUGCCAAAUUUUUGUGUAGUUGAAUUUUGAAAAUAAUUAAAAAAAUACAGAUCCUUUUGCGGUCAAUCAUUUAUUUUUUCUUCA